GCAAGAUCUACUUUGCUUUUCUAUUCGAGUGUAGGAAUUUAUUGUAGAUUUUUAAUCGUUUUCGGACAUAAUGUUCAAGUAGUCCUGUGUUAUCUCGUUAUCGCAGUCUAAUAUAUUUAUAUUGAUAUCACCUACAAGAACACUAACAUCAUAGUUACUCCGUUCUGUUUCUAAAUACCUGUGGAGAUUGGAGUUGAACGACUUGCAACAUGUAGAUGGGGGACGAUAUAUUCAGGCUGAGGACAUAAAAGAGCAAGCGGACGCAAUUAAACCUGGCAUGGUUAAAACCUAUUCGACACCUAUGGAUGUGGCAGAAAACUCUCAGAUUAUUGUUUGCUGCGUCACAGAUCCUAGACAAGCCAAAGAGGUGGUUCAAGGCAAUUGCAGUGUAGCUGGUAGAGAUGGAGAUUGUCUUAGCGGCAAAGGAUAUAUUGAAAUGACAGGAAUAGAUCCAGAAACAUCCAAGGAUAUCUGCGAAAUAAUCAGUAGUAAAGGAGGAAGGUACUUAGAAGCACAAGUGCAAGGAAGUAGGCAAGAGGCGGAGCAAGGGGACCUCGUUGUCCUGACAGCCGGGGACAAAGAACUUUUCAUGGAUUGUCAGUCGUGCUUCAAAGCGAUGGGAAAGACGGCAUUCUUCCUUGGUGACGUUGGGUAUGCCACAAAAACUAAUCUCAUCUUGAAUCUUAUAAAGGGCAUUACCUUAGUGGGGUUAGCGGAGGGUCUCUCUUUAGCGGAUCGUUGCGGUAUAUCCUCGACCGACCUUCUGAACAUAUUCCAACUGACAAGCCUCAAUUGCAAGUAUCUAAAUGAUAAGGCUGAGAUGAUCUUCAAGAAGGACUUCAAGCAUGUUCAGCAGGCUAUCGAGCAUAUGCAGAAGGACAUGAAACUCGCCCUGGACCUGUCGGACCAAAUGAAACAACCUCUUCUGAUGACAUCUACGGCGAACGAAGUGUACAAGCAUGGUAGAAGGCUUGGAUACGAUGGCUUUGACGCUGCUUGUGUAUACAUGAGAACUAGACACUAGGGUUUCAGUUUCGGUUAUUCAGUUAUUAACAAAAUAUCUAAUAUAAGCAGAGAAGAAAUACUAUAAGUUCCACUCAUUUUGUAUUGCUGUUUACUGCCUUCAGGCCGUCAGUUGUGAGGGUAGGAUACUACUCUUUUUAAUAUAAACCUUUGUUCGUAAAAAGUUUUGGUAUUCAUUGCUAAACAAUUCUCUUAGUACUAUGAGGAAAAUAAGUAGUUUGUAUAUUCGUUCCAGUAUAAAUAAUUGACAAUGGAACUCAUAAUGAUUUUUGAAGCUGGUCUGAUUGUAUGUCUUUUGUUAAAACAGUUCAAAAAUUUUUGUGCGCCUGCGAUUUACUGAAUGGCUAGGUCAGUUUCCUGGACAAGAUCUAUUUGUUUCAUUGAUUAGCUUUCAACUCAUUUAUGUACCCUUUACUACACAGUUUUGUUUUUUUUCAUUUUUUCCCAAACUAACUUUACUACAUCCUCUCUUAACAAUUUAUAGUGAUAUUUGAAGCUUAGAAUAUUUGUUAUUCAAAAAUAUAAACUGAUUCAUUUACUACUUUCUUACUAGAAACACUAAUAUUCAAAAAAUAUAUUUACACAAAAGUUCUCUUCCUAUCAGCUGGAAUUCAAGAGUUAUAUCAGUAUGUGUCCACAAUUAAAUAGCAACAAUGAAUUUAAUAAGGCUUGUGUUUCAAGAUUAUUUGGGAUAACAUUGGGUUUUUGGCAUACGAGUAAAAAAAUCAUUACUCCUAUAUAAACUAACUAUCAAUUUAAGGAGUGAUUGUUUAACAUGAUAUUGAACAUUUUAAUCUUAUCCAUAUUUGACAUACAAUAAGAUACAAAUAAGUUUUAAAGUAGUUUAUGGUUUUAUUACAAAAUAAGUUGGAGGGCUUACAUCACUGUCAUCCAUUUGAAUUAGUUCAUAUCUUAAGUGUGUCGUUUCCGCUGAAAGUCGCAAGUUUUUUAUUUUGUCAGGCGAUUUUCCCCUCAUGGCCGCCUGAUUUUAGUAUAAAUAUGUGAAUAUGUAUUUCUGAUAUUAACUGUAAUAGAUAGUAACUUUGCCUGUAUUUUCUUUUACAAAUAGAUAUCUUUUCACAAGAA